AUGAACCCCAUUCUGGGCCUAGGCCUGCUUCUGGUUGGCCUCCUCACUGUGGAAGGUCUUCUGAAGCCUAAGGUCUCUCCAGAGAAUCAUGGAGCUGUGAGCCAGGCCCACGCGUGGAAGGGAAGAAGGGCAGCCCAGGAGCUCGCAAGGCGAAACACAGAAUUUGGCUUCAAGCUGUACAAGAAGCUGGCCUCCAGCAGCCCCAGCAGAAACAUCUUCAUAUCUCCCUUGAGCAUCUCUACAGCCUUCUCCAUGCUGUCUCUGGGUGCCCAAGACUCCACCCUGGACGAGAUCAAGCAGGGCUUCAACUUCAGGAAUAUACUGGAGAAGGAUCUUCAUGAGGGCUUCCAUUACCUCAUCCAAAGACUGAACCAGGGGAACCAGAGCCUUGAGCUGAGCCUCAAGAAUGCCUUGUUUAUCGACCAGAGGUUGCAGCCACAGGAGAAGUUUCUGACCAAUGUCAAGAACCUGUACAGUGCAGAUACUGUCCCCAUCAACUUCCAGAACUUGGAAAAUGCUCAGAAGCAGAUCAAUGACUAUGUCAGUCAGAAAACCCAGGGGAAAAUCAACAACCUGAUCAAGAAUAUAGACCCUGGAACUUUGAUACUUCUUAUAAAUUGUAUUUUCUUUCGAGCCAGGUGGCAACAUGAAUUUGAUCCAAAAGUAACUAAAGAGGAAGAUUUCAUUCUGGAUGGAAACAAGCCAGUGAAGGUGCCCAUGAUGUUCCGUGGCGGCAUGUAUGAAGUUGGCCAUGACGACCAGCUCUCCUGCACGGUCCUGGAAAUGCCCUACCAGGGCAACAUCACUGCCACCUUCAUUCUUCCCGAUGAGGGCAAAAUGAAGCAGGUGGAGGAAGCCUUGAGCACAGGCGCUUUUGCCAAAUGGAAAAAAUUAAUCACACGAAGGGUUGCAGACGUGUCCUUGCCCAGGUUCUCCAUCACCGGCACCUAUGACCUGAAGAAGACUCUCUCCCACCUGGGGAUCACCAAGAUCUUUGAAGAGAAUGGCGAUCUCACCAGGAUCUCCCCUGGUCGCAGCCUGAAAGUGGGCGAGGCGAUACACAAGGCUAAGCUGAAGAUGGAUGAGAAGGGCUCAGAGGGGGCUGCGGGCUCCGGAGUGCAGACGCUGCCCAUGGAGACGCCAUUCACAGUCAAGAUCAACAGACCCUUUCUGCUGAUGAUUCAAGAGAAGAUCACGAAUACGGUGCUCUUCUUGGGAAGGAUUGCCAAUCCUACUGGGAAAUAA